GCCCUGGGCAGGGUGGCAGCUGCUAUAAGCAGUGGCCCCAGACGCCUGCAGAACAACUGGGAUAUACAGUCUGAGAGGGAGCUGUGGUUAAAGUGGCACGGAGGGCCCCACCUCUCCGCAGGCUAGACUCAUUCAGGUGGAGGUGGCCGUGCGUGACUCGCUGGCAUGCUACUGAAAAUCUCAUACAAGCAGUGAAGGAGAAUUAAAAUUUUACCAACCAAAAAAAAAAAAUGGCAAAACACACCAACCUCAUUUACUUCACCAGAAAAUCUCUUGCUAAAGAACACAAAGCUGACAGAAGGAAUGAGGAAGAUAAAGAAGGAUUGGAGCCAAGAAGUGACUUGGAAGCGGGUAAACAGCUGCCAUUUAUUUAUGGAGAUGUUCCUCCAGAAAUGGUAUCAGAGCCCUUGGAAGAACUGGACCCAUACUACUGGAAUAAAAAUACUUUCUUAGUAUUGAAUGAAAGGAAAACUAUCUUCAGAUUCAGUGCCACUCCAGCCUUACACAUUUUAACUCCUUUCAAUUUGAUUAGAAGACUAUCUAUUAAGGUUCUAGUAAACUUCCUAUUCAACAUAUUUAUCAUGGGCACUUUUAUGAUCAACUGUUUAUUUUUGACAAUGCGUACAUCUCCAAGCUGGGCAAAGAUUCUAAAGUUACCUUUCAUUGGACUAUAUACCUUUGAAAUACUUAUACAAAUCUUGGCAAGAGGCUUCAUUGUAGGACCUUUCACAUUCCUCAAUGAUCCCUGGAGCUUGUUUGAUAUCCCUAUUCUCGCAGUGGCGUAUUUGAGCAUAUUUGUAAGCAUGGUCAAUGAUUCAGCUCUUGGAAUUUUCUCUAUAUUGAGAAUAGUGAAAGCUGUUUCUCUAAAUAUAGGCCCAAGAUCUAUUGUAGGGACAUUGACUCGGUCAGUGAAGUUGUUUUCUCAGACAGUGAUUCUGAUUAUAUUUUGCCUGAGUGUCUUUGCUGUCAUGGGCAUGCAACUAUUUAUGGGCAAACUGAAGCAGAAAUGUCUGCGAUGGCCUCAGAGAGAGGGAAAUCUCACUGAGAUACCAUGGGACAAUGAAGAUUAUUAUUAUUAUUUGGAAGGACAAAAGGAUGCUCUUCUUUGUGGCAACAGCACAUAUACAGGUGAGUGUCCAGAGGGAUACAUGUGUGUGAAAGCUGGCAUGAAUCCUGAUCACGACUACACAAGUUUUGAUAAUUUUAGUUGGGCUAUGUUGACCCUAUUUAGAUUAAUGACCUUGGACUAUUGGGAAAACCUUUACCAACAGAUCCUACGUGCUUCUGGGAAGACAUAUGUGCUAUUUUUUGUUGGCAUAAUUUUAUUCUGCUCCUUUUAUCUGAUGACUUUGAUCUUAGCUGUGGUCAUCAUGUCUUAUGAAAAACAGAAUCGAAUAACUAUUGAAGAAGCUAAGAAAAGAGAGAUAAAAUACCAGGCACUGUUAUAUCGGCAGAAAAGAGAAGAAAAAAAAGCUCAGGCAAUGGUAGCAGAAGGAAUAGCUGAAGAUGAAAGAGUUGUUGAUCAAAAUAUAGGACUUUCAGAAAAUUAUUCUGAAACAUCCCAAUGUAGCUCAAAAAAUGAUAAUGGGAGAAUGGACCAAAGGAAGAAAAACAAUCAGGAGGACCAGCCUGAUAGAGAAGAAAAAGAAAUUGAUCUAAAAUUGCAUAGAUUUGAAACAGAAGAGUACAUCAGAAGAAAGCUUUGCCAUCAUGGAAUUAAAAAGCAGAGACUAACAAAUAAGAGCAAGUUACCUUCUCCCCAGCAGGAAAGGACUGCAAGGACAGACCAGAAGGAAGGAGAAAUAAAUUCUUGCUGUGUUUCUGUGGAUAUAUUGGAUGAUCCAACUAUCAGGCAAAGAGCAAUGAGAAGAGCCAAUGUGUUAAACAUGAUGGAAAGACGUGAUGAGUCCAGACCUACAUGUCCAAACCGGUGGCACAGAUUUGGUAACACAGAUAUGAUCUGGAAUUGCUCCCCACCUUGGUUAAAAUGCAAACAUUUCAUCAAUACCAUCGUUAUGGAUCCAUUUUUCAAAUUGGCCAUUGCCAUCUGUGUCAUUAUUAACAUAUUUUUUAUGGCCAUGGAUCACUACCCAAUGACUGAGAAAUUCUACAAUAUGCUCUCUGUGGGAAACCUGGUCUUUACUGGGAUCUACACAGCAGAAAUGUUUUUGAAGAUAAUUGCUGUACAUCCAUGUAAUUAUUUUCAAAUAGGCUGGAACAUAUUGGAUAGCUUUAUUGUUUUACUUGCUUUAGCAGAACUAUGUAUAGCAAAGAUUUUUGCUUUGUCAUUUCUCAAAUCAUUUAGACUGCUCCGGGUUUUCAAAUUGGCAAAAUACUGGCCAAUGUGUGAAAGGCUGAUAAAGAUCAUUGCUUACUCUGUGGAGGCCCUUCAAGGCUUGUUAUUGGUAUUGUUCAUCACCUUGUUCAUUUUUGCGGUGGUCGGCAUGCAGCAGUUUGGUGACAGCUGCCAAGAAUAUUUCUGCAACUCUGGUGGUGACUGUCCAUUUCCACGAUGGCACAUGCACGACUUCCUCCAUGCCUUUUUGAUGAUGUUCCGAGUGCUUUGUGGUGAAUGGAUAGAGCCUAUGUGGGACUGCAUGGAUACAGGAAGCCAAAGCAAAUGUCUUGUCUUUUUUGUAAUGACGGUUAUUAUUGGGAAACUGCUGUUAUUGAUCCUGUUUGUGGCUUUUCUGAGCUCAUUUAGUUCAGAGAACUUUGCAGCAAUCCAAGUGAGCCCUGAAUCUAAUAAUCUCCAGCUUGCAAUGGCAAGGAUUCAGAAAGGAAUACAUUAUGUGAGACGAACUUUACUUGACCUGAUUGCAAAAAGGUUUUCUAAGAAGCAGAUGAUUUCAAAUGAUAUCAAAGAAGAGAAAAAUCUAAAUAUGGAGAAUGUCACAUCCCACCACACAGUUAAUGAUGUGAACAAAAAUUUCCAGAAUUAUAAAGAUAGAAUCCAUAGCACUGGAAUCAGCUUGGAGAAAUAUGUCAGGAACAAAAGUGAUUCUCCUUCACUUAUUCCCAAUCCUAGUUUCUCAGGACGAGCACCAAUUGCUUAUGGAAAAUCUGAUUUUGAAAAUGGCUAUACCAAAGAAUUUAAGAAUGAAUUGGACACUGAAAACAGCAAAGAGAACCUCAAACAAACUAGUUCCUCAGAAGAUAGCAUGGCUCCCAUCCUUGCCUCUGGGGAAGGAGAACAAGCAGUGGAUAAACCUCUGAAAUCAGAUGAACCAGGAGCCUGUUUUACAUAUGGUUGUAUAAGAAGGUUCCCUUACUGUGAAGCCAAUGUGAAAUCUAGGAAAGGAAAGAUUUGGUGGAACCUAAGGAAAACCUGCUAUAGGACGGUAAAACACGCGUGCUUUGAGAUUUCCAUAGUUCUCAUCAUCUUUCUCAGCUGUGUUGCUUUGAUCUUUGAAGAUAUAUACAUUGAAAAGAGAAAGACUAUCAAAAUUAUUCUAGAAUAUGGCGACAUGAUCUUCACUUAUAUCUUCAUUUUAGAGAUGCUUCUAAAAUGGAUGGCAUAUGGAUAUAAAACAUAUUUCAGUAAUGUCUGGUGCUGGCUGGAAUUCUUGGUUGUUAAUGUCUCUUUGGUUAGUUUGGUAGCCAGUUAUCUAGGAUACUCAGAACUUGCUGCUCUGAAAUCUUUUCGGAUGCUAAGAAUUUUAUCUGUAUAUGAAGAAGUAAGGGUGGUUUUGUAUAUUUUUUUAAAAGCAUUUCCAUCCAUCUUAAAAGCAUUUGUGGUCUGCCUUAUGUGUUGGCUAUUUUUUAGCCUAAUGGGAAUUAACUUGUUUGCUGGCAAGUUCUUCGAAUGUGUUAAUACCACAACUGGUGAAAGACUUUCUAGGACUAUUGUUGCCAAUUUUUCUCAAUGUAACAUGCUUAUCCAAAGUGGUGGAAAUGUGCAGUGGAAGAAUGGAAAAGCAAAUUUUGACAAUGUUGGAAAAGGUUACCUUUCUCUCUUUCAAUUAGCCACCUUUCAAGGAUGGUUGGAUAUCAUGAAUGCAGCUGUUGAUGCAGUUGAUGUAGAAAGUCAGCCUCAGUAUGAGAACAAUUUCUACAUAUAUCUUUACUUUGUCACCUUUAUUAUCUUUGGAUUAUUCUUCCCCUUGGUCUUCUUCAUUAGUGUUGUCAUUAAUCAUUUCAAACAACAAAUAAAGAUAAGUAUUGGCGGCAUAGGUAUUUUCAUGACAGAGAAUCAGAAGAAAUACUACAGUUUGAUGAAAAAAUUGGGGUGUAAGAAACCCCAAAAUCCAAUACCUCGGCCACGGAACAAAUUCCAGGGAUAUGUAUUUGACUUAGUCACCAAAGAUGCUUUUGAGAUCAUCAUUAUAGUAUUCAUCUGUCUUAACAUGGUGACCAUGAUGGUGGAAACAGAUACCCAAAGUGCCUAUACAAGCAACAUCUUGUACCAGAUCAACCUGGUGUUCAUUGGUCUCUUUGCGGGAGAAUGUGUACUGAAACUCAUCGGCCUCCGCCAAUACUACUUUACCAUAGGCUGGAACAUCUUUGAUUUUGUGGUAGUCCAUCUCUCCAUUAUGGUUGUACUACAACCUCAUUUGACAGACAGAUAUCUCCUGACUUAUGCCCAAGUGCAGGUGAUCCGUCUCAUCAGAUGCGGACGACUUCUGAAUUUCAUUAAAGGAGCAAAGGGCAUAGGUUUACUAGUCUAUGCUCUGAUGCUGUCCCUUCCCGCUUUGUUGAAUAUUGUGCUUUUGCUCUUGCUAGUCAUGUUUAUCUAUGCUAUCAUUGGAAUGUCCCACUUUGCCUAUGUUAAAAAGGAUGCUGGAAUUAACGACAUGUUCAACUUUGAAACCUUUAGCAAUAGCAUGCUUUGCCUCUUCCAAAUUACCACGUUUGCUGGUUGGGAUGGUCUGCUAGAACCAAUUCUUAUCACAGGACCACCAGACUGUGACCCUGAAAAAGUGCACCCAGGAAGUUCUGUGAAAGGAGAUUGUGGAAAUCCCUCUUUGGGGAUUUUAUAUUUUGUGAGUUAUAUCAUUAUAUCCUUUAUUGUUCUUGUAAACAUGUUCACUGUUGUUAUCCUGGAGUUUUGCAGUGUUGUGACUAAAGAAAAUGCUCAGCCACUAAGUGAGGAAGCUUUUAACAAUUUUUAUGAGGUUUGGAGGGAAUUUGAUCCCAGUGCCACUCAUUUCAUAGGCUACAGUCAGCUCUCUGAGUUUGCUGCUUCAUUGGAUCCACCUCUUCUUAUAGCAAAGCCAAACAAAGUCCAGCUCGUAGCCAUGGAUCUGCCCAUAGUCAGAGGUGAUCGAGUUUUCUAUAUUGAUGUCUUAAUUGCUUUUACAAAGUACAUUGUAGGAGAAAGUGAAGCAUUUGACUGCAUCCAUUUACCGAUGCGCAAGCAGUUUCUGUCAUCAUGUCUUUUUCAAAUUACCUAUGAACCAGUUACAACUACUCUAAAACGAAAACAAGAGGAGGUAUCAGCUCUUGUUAUUCAGCGUGCUUUUCGACGUUUCUACUUAAGGCAAAAUGUAUUAGGUACAUAUAAUAUCAAAGGUGAAGAUAGGGAGAAGUUGACUGUUAAAGAAGACAUAGUAUUUGAUAAAGUUCAUGAGAACUCACCUCUAGAGAAAGUAGGUGAUUUGAGCCCUUCUCCCACUUCCAUACUUUUGGAUAGUAGAAUAGAGCAAGACAGAGAGAAACUUGAAACGGACCAGAUAGAAAAGGAAGACAAAGGCAAAACUGACAGGGAAAAAGAAAAGUAGGAAUCCUAUUUUGUCAGCAAUUGGUUACAAUUUAUGAAGGAGACUUAUUCUAUGAACUGGACUAUUUUGGUAAAUCUUUGCCAAGCCAACUGGUUUUUACCAAACAAAAACAGAACAAUACAUUGUUGAUGCUUCUAACUGUAUACUAUUUUCUAUUUAUUUAUUUUUAGUUUUCAACAUUCACUUUUACAUUAAUUUUUCCUCCUCCCUCUCCUUUCCCUUCGCCAAGAUGGUAUGCAAUCUGAUAUAGGUUCAGUACAGUAACUCUUCACUGAAUAACUGUGAUUCAGUAUUAUAGCAACUCUGAUAAGUGUUGUCUGUUAUGACAGAGAAAAGAAAAAGGCUGCUCAGAAUGGUAGGGACCACGGACUAAGAGAAGUAGAAUUUAAAUUCCCUGGUUUUAAUAAAACAUAAGAGCAGAAUAUUUUUACUUUUGCCUUUGUCUUCUUGUCAUAACAUCCUUGCCAUUCAUUACCCACUCACCAAUCUCAAUCUCUCUCUUUCUUUCUCUGUCUCUGUCUCUCUGUCUGUCUGUCUCUCUCUCUCAAACACACAAACACACACACACCACAUCACACAUGCAAAUUUAUGCAAUUAGGAACAUGUGUACUUAACUUUUUUUUAUUCGUUCUGUUGGAAAAGCAGCAAAUUAAAGUGUUUUACUGAUUCCCUGCAAUGUAAUGAUCAAAGUAGUUGCAGCUGCUGAGAUUUUAGCUCAUGUAUAAGGAAAUUUGAUAUCCUAACUAUUGUGUAUAAAAAUGAUUUCUCUAGUUUAAAGCACUUACCAUUAUUCUAUCUUGCAUCAGGAUGAACUUUUUAUCCCUUAAGGUCCUUAACCUUAAUAGGUAGGCUGCUGACUUUUAUUCGAUAUACCAACUAUUCAACCUAAGCAAUAUAGAGGUUAUGCUCAAAGGUAUUUUGCCCAAUAUCCCAUCUUCCUUAUUAUAUUUCCUCUAUAUUUUAUUUACCCACACCUUCAAAGUGAUGUGAAGAUCUUCACUGCCAUCAUAAAAACACAUACAGUUUUUUGAAGCAAGGCAGCAAUUCCAAAGUCUUUUCUUGACUAUUUUCUAUGAAACCAAAUGCUGUUCCUGUCUACCCUAAAAUACCUCAGAUAUCCCAACUAUAAGUCACUUUGUAACCUUAAUUCUCUUCUUAUCUGCUGGUAUUUCUUAACCAACCUUCAGUUUUCAGCAUGACUAAGAUUUUGUUCCUCAAUGAAAUCCUUGCUGUUAAUUAACUAGAUAUUUGAUACUAUGGUGCAUGUCUUGGCAAAUAGCUAUGACUUGGGCAGAGUAUCACAGACAUCAUGUAUCUACUGCCACGAUGCAGUGCCCUGUAGAGCAUAGGUGAUCUAGAAAUGUUUGUCAACAAGGUCCUUCUCAAGCUUUCACCAGUUAAAAUGAUGCACUCAGUGUCCAUGAAGCAUCGGUGAUCUGCGGACUAUAUAUCAAAAUGUAUGUUUCUCUUACCAAACUAUUGUUAUAUUUCUCUGCUUGCUGCCCAGAACUGAAUUAUCAUACCUAUUAUUCCUUUGGGGAGACUCUAUAUAAAUACACCUUUUAGUCCUCUACCCCUUAUGUUUCUCUACAGUAAAGUUUCUGUCUUGUGAAAUUAUGUAACAAUGAAAUGUUGACUAAUGUGGUAAUCAUAUUCUCUCUAGCCCUCUCCCCCACCAAAAGAAGUCUUCUACCUUGCAUGUAAUUUAUAUUUACUUAACUAUGUGCUUGCUUCCCCCCAAUACAAUGUAAGCUUCCUGAAGGCAAGGUCAUUUUCAUUUUGUCUUUCUGUUCCUAACACAGAGUCUGAUAAAUCAUAUGUGCUUAAUAAAUGUUUGUGAAUUUAAUUGAA